AUGGAUUUGGAAGAAUGGCUUCACCAUUAUAUAGAGGACCUUUAUGGGCCGAUGAGCAUCAAUCGGGGAAUGCCCGUCAAGUAUGAGGGUCUCCCCAAUGUCUCCCUCUCCCCUGCCACCGAGGCAGGCCAAGAGCUGCCCAAUCCAGUGCUGAAGCAACAGUCUUACUCUGGCAGGAUGCCUGUCAUACCAUCCGCUCUUGCUGACACUCUCUGCACCGACCUCACCAUUUCAGGACUCUUAGAGAGGUUCAAUGCUAUCCUUGGCACAUCAUACACUCUGCACACUCCAUGGGUAGACUCUGUUCUUGGAGACUGCAUCUCAAAAAACUAUGACUUUGGCAUUGCAUAUGCCCAUCUCCGCCCAUUUUGGUAUGACUUAGACAAAGGCUCACCCUGGGAUACCAAGAGAAUGGAUUAUUUACAUCAGCGCCAAGUGCGGCAUCCAAAAGAUGCUUGCAAGAUUAAUCGGGUAGUGCCAUCAUCAGUUGGCUGGCAACCACUGUGGGGAAUAUCACAUGCAUGGAUGGAUGAAGAAGAUCGUGAGGAUGUGUUAACACCUAUUAAUGGAUAUGAAUGGCCUGUGCCAAUCCCUAAAGAUACCAGCCUGGAACAUGUCCAGGGUUGAGAUGUUGAAUCUGGGAGCAGAGUAUGUGUGGCUGGAUGUGCUCUGCUUGAGACAGAAAGGGGGGCACAGAGAAGAUCUGCGAGUAGAGGAGUGGAAAGUGGAUGUGCCCACCAUUGGAUAUGUUUAUCAACAGGCUGAGAAAGUGGUGUGCUAUUUAAGUGGGCUGGGUCAGCCUUUGAGUUCUGAGGCUGAUAAUUUUGAGAGUGACCAGUGCUGGUUCAAGCAGUGCCUGGACACUGCAGGAGAUCAACAAGAAUAUGAUCAUUGGUGGGAGCACUGGUGAUGAAGAACUACAAGUGAGAUUUGAGAAACAACUGUCAUUGCUGCAGACACAACAACAUAGUGUGUAUG